UUGAGAGUGAAGAUAUCUCGAUAUCAUUCUCUCUUUCUGCUCGUAAGGAUGGUGAGCUCUUCAUUAUGCCAUGAUAGCCAGCGACUGGACAUAUGCGGGGGAGGGGGGAAAACAUGUUAUUUUCGCUCAUCGUUCUUCUACCGCCAACGCUUUAAAUCCUGAAUGGCGCGGAUGUCUACUGCGCAUCAAGAAAGAUUAUUUGAAAAUGGCUGGAUGUUUCAAGGACCUUCCAAAUUCGGUUGCAAUUCCAGAAGACACCUGUCUGUAUUUUCGAAGUUGCAUCUUACCAAAACUGGCUCCUUACGUAGACGCUCCGCAAUCAAUUCGCUUACAUUGGUCGUUUGUCGCUGUCAUUCGAGAGGCUAGCCUUACGUCUGGUAAAAUUCCGGAAGGGAGGUUGAAAGACUGGAGCUUGGUUUCGGCAGAGUCAAUGGAAAAACCUAUGUAUCCAACUGCAUCAUUAGUUCCUGAUUACCGACUUCAGCUACCUAGUAGCGUCAAUUUCUCAAAGUCACGAUCGAUCACCGUUGAAAUCAAACCCAAAGCAGGGUACAGAGCGUAUUCUCCGUUGGUGCAUCCAACGACUCGAUUCAAGUACAGAUAUACCCGAUACACCUUUAUCCAGUGGAUAAAAACGGGUAAUGUAUCAGUGCCGAGUAAUGAUCAUCCAGCUUACGAUCCCGUGGAUUUAUUCUCGCAAGACGCUCAAACAGUGGAAAGAGCCCUCCUAUCCCUUCUGAGAGAACCUCGGAAUAAUUUUAUUGUGUGGCAUGGUCGAGAAUCCAUGAUGACGCUGAAAAAUGGGGAGCCCACAAUAGACGAUAGAAAAUUGUCGGAUGCUCUGCCAUUCAAUGGUCUUCAGGGGGGCGAGGAACAAAACUUUCUUAUUAGAAUCCUGACAAGCGUAUUGCAUACGGAGCCUUUUCUUCAGGAUCUACUUCAGUUGCAAAACCUUGAUAUCUUGGAUGCUGAUGGUGCGGUACUUGUUUACCGCCGACUCGUAUGGCUUUGCAAUGGCUCUGAAGAUGAAGCUGAGAUCCUCAUUGAUAGGCUUGAUUCGCUGGUAUCCCAAACGUUGGGGGAAGCACCACCUAGCUUGAAUGAACACUCUCCAAUACCAUUUCCUUCGAAGUCAAAUAAAAUCGACCUGAUUUGCCAUGCAAUACAGACUUUUCGGGAAAUACUGCUCUCGCAAGAGCCAAUCAUUCCGAACAAGCAAAUCAUGGAUUCGUUUCGCAAGCGCACAGUGGGUAUUGUUGAGACUCUGGACAAAGAAGAAUGUGUGUAUUUGUUGCAAAACUGGAUGCUCUCUUUGGCCAUGUGCGACAUCAGUUUCUUUGUUUCCUUUUGCUUUGAAGCGAGCAAGGAUAUCGACGUUUUACAUUCUGGUCGGUGCGCGGUGACUGUGAAAUCGACGCAGAAGGAUGGCCUACCUGGCCUGGUCGAGAUUGCCGGUGAGGACGUCUUUUAUCAAAUAAGAGUCAUCGAUACCGAUAAAAAGCCUGCUAGGAAGCUACGAUAUAGGCAAAGGAAAGAAGAAUCUCUCGCGCUAUUCGCUCUUUGGGAAUGUAGAAAAGAUGAACCCGAGGAAGGACGUGUCGGUAGCUAA